CUGGAGAUGCUGGAAUAUGCUCUUCGGCCAUGUCUUGCGGUUUCAUCGAACUCUCGUGAUGACCUGUUCAAAAAUACAAAUUGCUUUUUGCACUUGAUUUGCGUUCUUGAUUUCCUAAUGCUGCUUUUCUACCCUACAUGCUUCUACCCCUUGCACUGCUAGCGUACCAUGCGAUGGUUCGCGUGCAUCUCUUCGACCGCGACGAUACCUCGGGGGGCGUCUUGAUGAUGAGAUCAAGGAAUGAAUGGCUUGGACGGAUCGGCUCUGAAAAAAAGUUCCCUUUUUUUGCUUUUCCUGCUUCCCUUCUCCUAAAUCUUUUUCCCUUCCUCUCUCCAAUCUCGAUCCGUGGGAUGGCUUCCGGUGGCGCUGGAAUAGUGCGCCCAUCAGGUAGCUCUCGUUUUUUUGCUUGUCUGUUCGGCUGGUGGACCUUUCAGUAGGUGCGGUAGACGACGGAUGUGGCUUUGGAUCGCGAAACGGAUCUUAGGGGCAGUGGAACGGGGAUGUGUAGAUGGGGGGUUGGUGGGCCUUGUUUUCUUCCUCU